UUAUUUUCUUCUAUCUUCUUCACUUUCCAUUAUUUUCCCUAGAACCGAUCACUCUCUUUCUCUCUCUCUCUCUGCAAAAGAACGUUUAUCUUCAAAGUGUUCUCUUUCUUUCAGGGUUCUACUCGAUUCCUAUCGCUCUUCUCUGUGAUGGGAUCCGUAGAUCUCUAUCUCUCCAAGCCGGCUUAACAUCAUCAGAUUCCUCUACAUUGGGUUUCGGUUCUUUUUUCAUUUAAACUCAUUAUGACUACUCGUUCUCUGGUUUGUCUAGUUGUGGCACUUCUUCUUGAGGAAUGUGCCACGGCGGCGAUUCUUUCCUCAAGGCUGAUUCACAGAUUCUCCGACGAAGUUAAAGCACUUAGGGUUUCAAGGGAUAUGAGUUUGGCUAGCCACUGGCCGUCCAGAAAGAAUUUGGAUUAUUAUAGAUUUCUUGUUGACAGUGAUGUACAGAGGCAAAAAUUGAAGCUUGGUCCUCGGUAUCAGCUUCUUUUCCCGUCCCAAGGAAGCAAUGCUAUGAAUUUAGGCAAUGAUUUUGGAUGGUUGUAUUACACUUGGGUCAACAUAGGGACACCGAGUGUCUCUUAUCUUGUUGCGCUUGAUACUGGUUCUGAUCUGUCGUGGGUACCAUGCAACUGUAUAGACUGUGCUCCUUUAUCAGCCAGUUCUUAUAGUAAUCUGGAUAAGGAUCUAAACGAGUAUAAUCCAACUGGAUCAAGCACCAGCAAGCAACUCAAUUGUAGUCACCAGAUAUGUGAACUUGUUUCAGAUUGCAAAAGUCCGAAGCAAUCUUGCCCUUAUACAGUUAACUACAACUCUCAAGACACAUCUAGCUCAGGAUUUUUAGUUGAGGAUAUACUGCAUCUUGUUUCUGGAGUAGAAGAUUCAAGCAACGUCUCUGUGAAGGCUCCUGUUAUCAUAGGUUGUGGAAUAAAACAAAGUGGCAGUUACUUGGAUGGAAUUGCUCCUGAUGGACUUCUCGGUCUUGGUCUAGGAAAUAUUUCAGUUCCAAGUUUUCUGUCUAGAUCAGGAAUGGUGCACAACUCUUUCUCUCUUUGUUUUAAUGCUGAUGAUUCAGGAACAAUCUUCUUUGGGGACCAGGGAUCAUCUUCCCAGCAGACUACUAGUUUCCUGCCAUUGGAUGAAAAAUAUUUAACAACCUACAUUGUUGGGGUUGAGGGUUGUUGUAUUGGACGUUCUUGUCUUGUCCAGACAAACUUUAAAGCACUAGUUGACACCGGAACAUCAUUUACAUUUCUUCCAACAGAAAUAUAUGAGAAAGUGGCGAAAGAGUUUGACGGACAGAUAAAUGCAAGACCAACAACAAGCUUUGAAGGAAAGGUACCUUGGAAGUAUUGCUACAAAUCUAGUUCUCAAGAAAUGCCCAAGAUUCCUUCCAUGUCAUUCAAGUUUGCCUCAAAUAGCAGCUUCACAAUCCAUAAUUCAGUUUUUCUAAUAUAUGAGAAUGAGGAUUUGGUUGGUUUCUGUUUAGCUUUACAGCCUGUAGAGCAGGAUAUAGCGAUUAUUGGACAGAACUUCUUGACUGGUUAUCGGUUAGUGUUUGAUCAAGAGAAUAUGAAGCUGGGAUGGUCUCAUUCUGAUUGUAAAGGUCUUGAUGGGGAUGAUGAUAAGAGCAUGCCCCUAACUCCAAAAGGCGGAAUCUCUAUCCCAUUGCCUACAACUGAGCAACAAAGCGCUCCCGGAGGGCAUGCAGUUGCUCCGGCUGUAGCUGGAAGGACCCCAAAAAAGUCGUCAUCUGGAUCAAGCAGUUAUCAACAACAACAAACAUUCUUCUCAUGGUUUUCAAUGAUGUUUCUGCUGCUUUGGUCUAAUUUUUUGGGUACAAACACUGUCUUUUCUUAGAAACAAACUUUGCAAGUCUCUACCCUUUACGGGUAUGUAUGUUGUAUAUUCCCCAAUCUCACCCCGGUCUGCUGAGUUUUUGUGUCAUAAUCGGACCAUUUGUAAGCAUAAAAACAGAAUUAGACUCUCUUUAUGUAUGUGUUGUAUGCUCAUUUUGAUAAGCUUUUUAAGAUUAGGCAAACACUUGAAUUUGCAGUGAUAAAUUAUUACUUUCUUACUGUUUCAUCUACA